CAAAAAGCAAAACGUCAAAAGAGCAACAACAAAGGAAAAAAAAAACAUUACAAUCAUAAGCCUAGCGCUCAGAUCGAUAGUGCACCGAGUGAAAAUGAAAAGCAAUUACGCCCGCUGGACGCUUUUCCUUCCGAUGUGAGAUUGUGCCCCGUUUGCUGUGCCCCUUUUGCACCCUGUUUUUCCCCCCUCCUGCACGUGGUGAAAGAAAACCUUGGCCGAACAAACCUUGGCUGUCCUUCGUCGAAGCCGGAGAGAGAGAGAGAGAUCACCCGGGGGGAGAAAAGGAGUUUUUGUGAAAAAAUUGAAAAACGAAAGACAGAGACGAUGCUCUGGUAGAGAGGAGAUUGGUGAUCGGAAUCGGUAAACGGUGGCAGACGUAAGCAAUGGAAAGCGAAAAACUGUUGAUGGCCGCCGGUGUGACGGCGGCAGUCGUCGUCGGUGCGUUCGUCUUCUGGGGACCGUCCGGCUCUUCCAAGCUGCGGCAGCGGCGGGGCCAGAUCGCCGGGCUGCACAACUUCGGCAAGACGUGCUUUCUCAACACGCUGCUGCAGGCGUUGGCCGCCUGUCCGCAGUUCAUCGCGUGGCUGCAGCUGCACAACACCAAGGACAAGAAGAGCCUCGUCUCGUCGCUGCAGAACGUGCUGGAGGUGGUGAACGGGACGCAUCCGACGCUGCGGGGCGACCCGUACGCGCCCGGCGCCGUCAUCCGGGCGCUGCACGCCCUCGGCUGGGUCAUCUCGCCCGAGGAGCACGACGCGCACGAGCUGCUGCUGGUGAUGCUCAGCUCGCUCGAGGAGGAGGUGUCGAAGCCGCGCAAGAUCGGCUGCCUGUCCGAUGCGCUCGACGACGUGGUCGGCGGUGGUGGGGGUGACUUGGGCUUCCAUGCCAUACCGGCCCGCCCGUCCAGCGCGAUGCUGUCCGACUUUUGCAACGCCGAGUACGACGAGUCGACCAGCCUGAUGCGGUACACCCGGUCGGAGGCGCACACGCCCGAUUCGCCCCACUCGGUGUGCACGGAGAACGAGGAGCAGUCGCAGGAAAGCUCGCUGGUGGAGUUCGGGGCGUCCCCGUCGCACGCGAUCAGUGCCGCGUUUGGCGGUCGCCGCUUUGGCAGCCGGAUGCAGCUCCAGCAGCAGCAGCAACAGACGAUGGUACGGCCGACCCCGAUGGGCCGCGACGAGCAGACGAGCAUGGGCAUGGGGGACGCGGGCGGUAACCAUUUCGCGGGCAAGCGGCACUCCGCCUCGUACCGGUCGCUCGAGCGGCUCAACCGGGGCCCGGGCCGCGUGUCCGUGUGGGGCGACCGGCAGCAGGCCCAGAUACCGCACCCGUUCCGGGGCGGCAUGGGCAGCCAGCUGUGCUGUGGCGGGUGCGGCCACAAGUCCACCGUGCGGUACGACAAGUUCGACAGCAUCACGCUGCCGCUGCCGGAGACGGCCGCGCCCGGGCUCGGCAUCGGCAACCUGCUGUCCGACUUCAUCCAGCCGGAAACGCUCGACGCGGUGCAGUGCGACGCGUGCCACGAGACGACCGCGCACACGAAGACGCUCACGUUCAGCAAGCUGCCCGCCUGCCUGUGCAUCCACAUCGCCCGCACCACGUGGCACGCGAGCGGCCACGUGCACAAGCGGCUGGACAGCGUGCACUUUCCCGAGACGCUCUCGAUGGCGCCGUACAGCUUCGUGCAGCCGGGGCUGAACAGCAACAUCAGCACGCCCUGGGGCUCGACCACCUCGCUCUACUCGGCCGGCCUGAUGGCGAGCGGGCUGGACGCGGUCGGCGGCGGGGCCCAGGCGGGCCCGGGGGCGGCCGACGCAUCUUCCGGCUCGAUGACGUUCGGGUCGUACACGUUCGGCGCGAUGUUCCCGCGCAACCUGUACCGCCUGCUGGCGGUCAUCGUACAUUCUGGCGAGGCAAACGCCGGCCAUUUCGUCACGUAUCGGCGCGGGGCGCUGCGCAACUCCUACAAAUGGUACUACACGUCGGACACGAUCGUGCGGGAAGUUCCUAUCGAGGAGGUGCUGAACAGCUCGGCGUACAUGCUGUUCUACGAUCGCGGCUCGUCCUCCAAAUACCCGUAAGCAGGCAUUUGGCGGGUUACACGGAAAGGCAGACAGCUUGCGGAAGUUUGCGCUUUGCGCAAACGCAACAAUUUCAUGUACAGCACACCCUACAAAAAUUAAGCUGAUAAGCAACACGAACCAUACACACACACACAAAAGUUAAGCUGUUUUUCUCUCUGCAGCGGAGAAGGGGUGGGAUGGCAAAGCAAAGCAAAAAAAAAAA